AUGAGCCAAAAUUACGUGUCUCUGUAUCGGCGGACCCUGGCAAGUCGACAACAGAUCUACAAUGAUUCCAUCGCGUCAGGGAAGUAUCAACCAUUCCUGUAUCCCUGGGAUUCGCUCUUCGCGCUCGUCCUCCUGCUUGCAGUUACCCUGACCCCACGACUACCAGCACGACUAGGGGUUGCGGUGCGAUGGUUAGCAUUUACUCUGAUCUUCGCCCACAGCAUUCAUGUGAUCCUUCAUCGGAGAACUUUAUGGUUUGCUGGUGGCUAUGGGAUUGGUCUAUGCACAGCCUGGGGCACCAUCAUGUCCGGCGCACUACUAGUUUGCAAUGAUAUCGAACAUGACUUUUGUAGGCUAGAAGCACGCGAACUUCUACCCCAGACAUCGGAAGUUGCCAGCAAUGGUUCGACGAUACCGUGUGCCUCUUCAAAGGCCAAGGACCCUACCAGUGCCUCUAUAGACCUCAAGCGACGCAAGGUGCCGGGAGUCUACACAGCGACUGACAUUAAGCAGCCCACAUUCGCCAACUCUCAAGAUGCAGCCACAAAACCAUACAGGCUGGUAUGGCAGGCCUUCCCGUACGACUCCAGUUGGCUGCACGUAAUUGACUGGACCAUGGACCUCGUCACAAGUUUCCGAGGAGUAGGCUGGAAUCAUCGGAUACCUACGCUGGCAGAGAUCGACGCACCCAUUCCCCCGACACCUGCUAUGAGACAGCAUAAGCCGAGAGGGCAAGUCGAUACGGAGCGUAAACCCACUGCUAUCCCCCGGCAAACGCUUCGAGCCAUGCAGCAGCGAGCUGUAGCUGACUUUAUAGUCAGCUACCUUGUGUUGGACUUCCUCAAAACAACAAUGGUCACCGAUCCAUAUUUCAUGGGUUUGGGAGGACUCGAGAGUCCAAGCCCUUGGCUGUGGCUAUCAGCAAUGACAAAAACAAUACCAAUCGCAACGAAAUUCGUUCGACUAGUCAUGUCCAUGGCAGGGGUGGUAGCAGCACUAACCUUCAUCUUCAGCCUCAGCCCACUCUUCUUCACGGUUGUUCUUCCAGCAGCUGUAGACUUUACCAAAGUCACGAGAUCGCCUUUACUGGAGCCGUGGUUGUAUCCACCUCAGUGGUAUCCUUUGACAACAUCAGUGCUGCAGACUGGACUCGCUGGGUUUUGGGGCAAAUUCUGGCAUCAGAUGUUUCGAUAUGGCAUUUCACAACCAUCGCAAGCACUCAUUCAGAGAUUGGGCAUGGAUUCACGGGGCAAUGGGGCUCGAAUUAUCCAGCUCUUGAUCGCUUUCGGACUUUCAGGUUCGAUUCACGCAGCAGCAAGUUUCACGUCCUUUUCAGUGGUGGGGACACAUCCGCUUUCAGGGCCGCUCUCUUUCUUCCUCUUACAGUCACUUGGUGUAUUUAUACAAACACUCGCGACCAAGUUCUUGCACAAGGCCUUCUCCUGGAUGAAAUCCAUGCCGCGAGUAGUGGGGAGGACAACAAAUGUGCUGGUCACGUUGACCUUCCUUUAUUUCACCGGUCCACUUUUAGCAAAUGACUUUGCAAGGAGUGGCAUCUGGUUGUUUGAGCCGGUCCCCAUCAGUCUUCUUCGGGGAUUUGGCUUUGGACCAGGAGGUAAGGACGAGGGGUUUUGGGCAUGGUCGCAGGAUGGAUCUACGUGGGUGGGUUGGUGGCAAGGCAAAGGGUGGUGGGAAACUGGCUUAGCAAUAUAUUGA